ACCUCUGUCUGUCUGGCUUAAGUAAAUAGCUUGUAGCCUGUAUCUCUCUGUAGUGUAUCGCGAUGGAUCUGUGGCGACAAUAGCUACGACUUGAAGAUGUGGUGUCGUGCGUCGUAGAGAUAGAGUCCUGGUGGAUGUGAGAACGAAAAGAACGCUAUUAACCAUCGUUGUGAGUCUCGUUGGAGCGAGCGCAACGUGUACAAUUCGAAGGCAUGCCGCAGUUUCACAAAAUCGAGAUUAACAGGACGGAAUGGGAGGUACCGGAGCGGUAUCAGUUGCUCACUCCCGUGGGCUCGGGCGCCUACGGUCAAGUCUGUUCAGCAGUGGAUACAACCACUGGGCAAAAGGUGGCGAUUAAAAAAUUAGCUAGGCCAUUUCAGUCAGCUGUGCACGCAAAACGCACGUACAGAGAGCUACGUAUGUUAAAACAUAUGAAUCAUGAAAAUGUAAUAGGACUAUUAGAUGUAUUUCAUCCGUCUUCGUCUUUGGAAGAUUUUCAACAUGUAUACCUAGUCACACAUUUAAUGGGUGCCGACCUGAAUAACAUUGUCAGAACGCAAAAACUUUCUGAUGAUCACGUGCAAUUUCUUGUCUAUCAGAUUCUCCGUGGUUUGAAAUAUAUUCAUUCUGCAGGAAUCAUACAUAGGGACUUGAAGCCAUCUAACAUAGCAGUUAAUGAGGAUUGUGAAUUGAAAAUUCUGGACUUUGGCUUAGCCAGGCCGACAGAAAAUGAGAUGACCGGCUAUGUUGCCACUAGGUGGUAUAGGGCGCCUGAAAUUAUGCUUAAUUGGAUGCAUUACAAUCAAACAGUUGACAUUUGGUCAGUUGGAUGCAUUAUGGCAGAACUAUUAACUGGAAGAACACUAUUUCCUGGGACAGAUCACAUUGAUCACCUAACACGAGUGUUAGUACUCUGUGGUACACCCACAGAAGAAACAUUAAGCAAAAUUACUAGCCAAGAGGCUAGAAAUUAUAUUCAGAGUUUACCACCGUUAAAGAAGAAAAAUUUCAAAGACGUAUUUCGUGGAGCUAAUCCAUUAGCUAUUGAUUUGUUGGAAUUGAUGUUGGAAUUGGAUGCAGAAAAAAGGAUUACAGCGGAACAGGCUUUAGCACAUUCAUAUCUUGCACAAUAUGCAGAUCCAACUGAUGAACCUGUUUCUCUACCAUAUGAUCAGAGUUUUGAAGAUAUGGAUCUUCCAGUAGAGAAAUGGAAAGAACUUGUAUACCAUGAAGUUGUAAAUUUCGUCCCACAGCAGCUACCUACAUUGUCUUCAACAAUUGAAACGACUUCUUAAAAAUAACGCGUGUAAUAUAGAUUUAA